CUGCAGCACAAGGCCAAUGAGCCAAUGACAUAGCAUGGCCGAAGCAAACAACACGCAACAGGCGAUGGUCAGCAGCAGUGAACAAUUUAAUGGUCGGCACUCGGCAUCACCAGCACGUACUAUAGACUCGCACGACUCAACAACGGGCAGCAUGGAUACGAUUGUGGAUCGCAGUCUGAAUCGAAAUAAUCUGUUGCAAGUGACCAAUACCAUUGAGCAAAACACCAAUGCGACCAAUGACGACAGUAGCUUGACUAACUCACAAAUAGCGAUACUACGGAGGGAUUUUCAGCAGGGUCAGCAGAAGCAGGAGCAAGUUGAACAGGGUGAACGUCAGCAUGUUGAUGCUCAGAGCCACAUAUAUUCCAGUCCUGUCUACGAUGAGAAACUUUCGCCUCCAUUGAUGCUAACGGCUGCUACAUUGCUGGCCAAUGCGCUAAAUGUGGAUGCUGAUAAGGAUGAUCAAACAAAGAAGUCAAAGCUCAUAAGCCACGAAGAGUUUAAGCACCAACUGUCAGACGCAUCGGUCCCACGUACACCGGUCAAGAGCAUUAGCAAUACCAUCGAUUCUCGCAUCAGCAAAAAGCAACGCUGUCCACCAGAAUUCAUCAAAUAUAAGGGCGGCAGUGGCAAUGGUACCGGUGAUAUUGGAGCCAAUGUCUCCACAUUAUCAGCCAAGGCGCGGCACAAGCAUCGGGCCAGCAAUGAAUGCUGCUCCGCAUUUCCAUUGCAAAUAAUGUUAGGUACUUUUCAACUGGUUUUGGCCAUUUCAUUGGUGGCGCUCGGCUCCCUGUUAAUAGUGCGCGACGCGGCCUUGUCAAUGGCCGGUAUUUGGACAGGUUUGAUUGCAGCCGUCACCGGUUCGUUGGGCGUGGUCAGCAUACGCAAAACCCAGACGGCAUUUCUUGCGCUCAGUUUGGUAUGCAUUGCCAGCAGUACGUUGGCGCUGGCCAUUUCUGGUGUGGGCCUGUCGCGUGACCUCAAUCGCAUGGCCGAACAAAAGGGUGAACAGUUUGACCUGAUGAAUGCCCAUAGGGAAGUUUCAGCUGCUUGCGGACUAAUAUUUGUCCUAUUUUUACACUUUCUGAUCAGCAUUGUUUCGGUUUAUCGCUGCGCUCUGCAGAUUUGCACAAAGUGAGUACUUUUUAUAAUUCAAACAUAAAAUUUAAAAUAUGUAAGAAAGCUCUAGUCGAGGCUGCCUGACUACGA